AUGGAGGCGGAAUCGCCCGCCGACGGCUUCGACUUCUUGAACUUUCUGGAUCGGCUACUUUCCGGUGCUCCGCACCCGUUUGGCGGAUAUUUUCAGGUCAUUUCAGUGAACGACGUCACCCAGGCCUCGCUGACACGGUGCGUGAGAGAGGGCGAGAUCGAGGUCGUGAUCGCGGCAUGCCGAAAAAUCGUGAUGGGCCAACCGGCGUUUCUGCAGCUGGACCCGCCUAUUAAUAUUUGCGGCGACUUACAUGGGCAGUACGUGGACCUGUUGCGCGUCUUCAACCGCUGCCACUACCCGCAGAGCACAAACUACCUCUUCCUCGGCGAUUAUGUCGACCGCGGCAAGCAGCAGCUGGAGACGAUCUGCUUGUUGAUGGUGUACAAGAUCAAGUUCCCGGAUUCGUUCUUCUUUUUGAGGGGAAACCAUGAGAGCCGCUCAAUCAAUAAGGUCUACGGUUUCUACGACGAGUGCAAGCGGCGCUACUCGCUACGUUUAUGGGAAUCUUUUCAGACCCUCUUCAACUCGAUGCCCUUCUGCGCGCUCGUCGGCGGCCGCAUCUUCUGCAUGCACGGGGGGUUGUCGCCCGAUUUGCUCAACUGGGAUCAGCUGCACAUUAGCCGCCCGGUGGACCCGCCGAACCGUUGUCUGCACACGGAUCUGCUGUGGGCUGACCCAGAGCCGGGGGUGAACGGCUGGGCCGAGAAUACGCGCGGCGUCUCCUUCGUCUUCGGCGAGAAUGUCGUCCACGACUUUUGCGCCCGAAUGGAUGUUGAUCUGAUUGCGAGAGGACACCAAGUCGUCCAGGACGGCUACGAGUUCUUCGCCGACCGCAAGCUGGUCACCAUCUUUUCGGCGUCGAGCUACUGCGGCGAGUUCGACAACAACGGCGCGGUGAUGGUGGUGAACCGGCAGCUCGAGUGCGCCUUUGAGGUGUUGCGCAGCAGCCGGAAGAUGAUCAAGAUUCGCUCGGGCAGACGCAAGGGCCAGAAGAGA